AUGAAGUUGCUCAAAUUUCUGAAAAACAACUAUCUUUUGUGUCCUUCUCCUCUUCCUCCUCCUCCUUCUCCACCCUCUUCUACUACUACUACUAUUGCUACUACUACUACUACUACUACUACUACUACUACUACUACUACUACUACUACUACUACUACUACUACUACUACUACUACUACUACUACUACUACUACUACUACUACUACUACUACUACUACUACUACUACUACUACUACUACUACUACUACUACUACUACUACUACUACUACUACUACUACUACUACUACUACUACUACUACUACUACUACUACUACUACUACUACUACUACUACUACUACUACUACUACUACUACUACUACUACUACUACUACUACUACUACUACUACUACUACUACUACUACUACUACUACUACUACUACUACUACUACUACUACUACUACUACUACUACUACUACUACUACUACUACUACUACUACUACUACUACUACUACUACUACUACUACUACUACUACUACUACUACUACUACUACUACUACUACUACUACUACUACUACUACUACUACUACUACUACUACUACUACUACUACUACUACUACUACUACUACUACUAGAGACUGUUGUUACUCUAGUUAUCUUCAUCUGCAUUUGUUGGUGUGUAUGGAAUAG